GUCACACACGUAUGCACUUUUAUGAUGUGCAUAUAUAAACUGUUACACAUGUAUAUAUAAAUACACAAAAGUUAUAUAUACAUACAUAUAUAUAUAUAUAUAUAUAUAUAUUCUAUGUACACCCGUUUAUACAUAUUCAACACACUUGUCACUAAGUUGCACAAGUAAAUAACACAUUCACAACUUUAAACAUAAAUAUAUAUAUAUAUGUCUAUAUAUAUAUCUACCUAUCUAUAUAUAUAUAUAUAUGUAUACACAUUUUAAAUAUAAAUAUAAAAACGUUUGACACCAAGAGAAACAGUUUCAGACAAAGAGUUUACAUGUUUACACAAUGAAAUCAUUCUAGAGAUAUACCUGACAUUGAACCCAUUCAACACCGAUUCAUACAGUUUAUACAGAAAAGCCUGCACCACCACCUGGCCAACAUGUCCUCAGUAUCUGUAUCUGUUAAAGCAUGCGGAUAUUGGCCAAUUGUACCUGUGAGGUAAUGAAGGACACUACGCAACAAGUAUGGUUGGGCACUCAGAUGACAUUUGGAUUUUCAAAAACAGAGAACAACAGCCAACAGAUAAUUCCACCACCACCACUACCAACAACAACAACUACAACAACAGGCAAUAAGUAUAGUAGUCAUAUAUAUAAUCUAUAAAGUAGACAGCUUGGUGUUUAUUUCCUCAUUAUGACAUCCGGGCAGAACAUGGAUAAAAUCGGUGAGAAGAAGGUAUUACAUGGGAGCCUUGGUGGUAAGUCAGGUGUCUUGCAACAUACUAAUGCUCCAUCACACUCACACGGUAUGCUGACACAUAUGUGUGAUAAGUCGUUUCCCACAACAACAUAUCUGAAUCAGUUUGCGGCUGGAUACUACCUCCAGCCUCACGGGUUGCUCCACGCCAACCAGAAGGUCUUCCCUGCUGACAUCUACACCAAACAGUUCACCCCGGGGAACUGUUAUCUGCAGCCGUUUGACGCCGCAGCGAUGCACGCCAUCGAGAAGUCUUCGAAUCAAUGUGCCAGUGCAGUUUGCCAGAAGCAAAUAUCGCCGCCGACGACAUCAACUCCAAAUAUAGUCACAGCAGCAGCUAGAGUACAGCCACCGCCGCCUCCGCCACCACCACCACCACCGCCCCCAUCAUCAUCGUCAUCAUCUGCAGUUGUAGGAGCAGCAGCUAUAAAAACCACAAUAAAACAACCGAUUGUGCCAUCUUCAUCUUUGUCAUCGUCAUCAACACCAACAGUUACAACAGCAAUUUCCUCCCAGUCCCCGUCACCUUCGAUACUGUCACAAACCAUGGUGAACCAACCCACAAAACUGCUUCCGAGUUUCCGGACUGUUCAGUCGUUUGCGAAACUGUACAGCUGUGACAUUUGCCUGAAGCAGUUCACACGUCGGAACACUUUGCAGCUGCACCAGAGAAUCCAUACAGGUGAGAAGCUGUUCACCUGCACCUACUGUGCCAAACAGUUUGUCCACAGAGACAAAUUCCAGAUCCACGAGCGAAUCCACACAGGCGAGAAACCGUUCAGCUGUGGCUAUUGCUCGAAGUGUUUCUCUCGCAAAGACAAGCUAAAGAUCCACGAGAGCUCCCACACAGGGGAGAGGCCCUACCACUGCAGUUAUUGCCCGAAACAGUUCGUUCAAAGAGAUAAGCUGAAAAUACACGAACGAAUUCACACAGGGGAGAAACCUUACAGCUGUGAAUUCUGCCCCAAACAGUUUGCUCGUGGUGACAAGCUGCAGUUGCACAGGCGAAUUCACACAGGUGAGAAGCUGCUGCAAUGCAGCUACUGCCCCAAACCUUUUGUACAGAAGGACAAGUUAAUUAUACACGAGCGGACCCACACUGGGGAGAAGCCUUUCCACUGCGAGGUCUGCACCAAGCAGUUUGCACGCAGCGACCGGCUGCAGAUUCACCGGAGGACCCAUACUGGGGAGAAGCCUUUCCACUGCGACCUCUGUCCAAAGCAGUUCAUCCAGAGAUGCUAUCUGAACAUUCACCGAAGGAUUCAUACGGGCGAGAAACCCUUUCAGUGUGACACAUGCCAGAAGCAGUUUGCCAGGAAGGACAAACUGCAAAUCCACAUACGCAGCCAUACUGGCGAGAAACCCUACGGCUGCAAUCUAUGCAGUGAGAUGUUCAUGCGCAAGCCCCAACUAAUAUCACACAAAAAGCAUGCACAUCCUGCAGAGAUGCAAAUUACUCCAGAAGAACCCAGAAUGUUCUUCUGCGACACCUGCACCAAGCCAUACUCGACAAUCAAUGAACUGCAAAUGCACCGGAAAAUACAUUUGCCAAUUCGUAAUAAUUUUCUAAAACCAACAUCAUGCAAAAACAUAAAGGAAUAUACACCAAUGAGUACUUUACUGUGGCAAUCCAUCCACCCUUAAUUCACAUGUCAGUCCUUAAACUCUUUUAAUGCAUGUGUGUGAGGAUAUGUGGAGAUACCUUAAUGUUUGUUGAAUGUGUGUGUGUGUGUGUGUGUGGGCAUCUGUAUGUUAGUGUGUAUGCAAUAGAGUUUAUAUAUUCAAUAUAUAUCCGUGUGUGUGUAUGUAUGUUAUAUACAUAUAUUUACAUAUGUAUGUGCCU